AUGGUUCAGUCUCGCCUCUCUUUCCUUCCAUAUCCCUUCCUCAUCUCCCCAUUUCUCAUCACCACCCUGGCAACACCAAGCAACAUGAAUCAAGAUCACCCCCGACAGGAGCCCAUAUCCCCACUUUACGCCCAACUCGGCAAGUUCUCAAAGCUACCACCAGAGCUACGCUUUAAGAUCUGGAAUCAUCUCUUCGACAAUUUCAAAAGCACUGCCAGCGCAUCCGGCAUUAUAUCUAUCUUUUUUUGCAAUAGAAAUCUCUACGAGGAGACUUCCCGUAUUCUAUAUGAAACUCGUCUCUUCGGUCUUACCAUCAUGAUUGAUCCCUCGAUUGAAGGAACGUUAGAUUUCACAGCUAUCGUGGAGAUUAUAAAAGGCGCGAGAACGCCAGUUGCGUUCAGAUGCAUAAGUUUGAGCUGCCUUGAUGAUGUUCUUCGGCUCAUCCAACAAUUCCCAAGCUGGAGACUCCGGAGAUCUGGACCAUGCAUUCGCGUCAGAUACUUCCACGUGCCGUCUCCUAGCAUGGAACUGUGCCUCUGGAAGUGUGUCCACAGCAUCGUCGAUACUUUGAAACUCCUACCAAACGGCAAGAAAAUCGGAUACACAAGUUUCUAUCCCCGCCUCCAAAAUCCAGAGUAUGCCAUGAAAUUAACGAAGAGUGGUGUACUGAAGGACUGGUUCGAUGAAAGAUUCCCAGGGGAGCGCCUCCCAUUUCCAGACUGCCCCUCUACAGGCACUCAUAAUCACAAUGAUCCCCCCGGUCCAUGCCUAAACAUACCGGUCUACCACUACGCCAUAUUGAAAGCCAUUGAUUCUGUCAAACUCGGAAAACAUGAGCGAAAGAAGCUGGGUACUGAGUCAGGAACUAAGGGAUCAAAAGCCCAACCUUUGGAGAAUGAGUGCAUGGACCUGUCAAGGCUCCUUCCACUCUGGAGAGGGAAGCGCAACGUCAACAUCACCUACACGCUCCUCCCCGCCCAGUCAGGGGUUCAAAAAAUCGAUGAUAUGGUUUGGUACCAAGCCAUCGACUCAGACAAGGUCAAAUCCGUCCACGGAGUUGAUACCCCUACGCCAGGUAAUCCUGGCGCUUGGGAUUGGCGCGGAAAAGGCUGGCUGGUCAUCGCCAGCUCCCACUGGGAGUGUCUUGGGUUUGGAGAUACCGAGGACGGUAAUUAG